GUUCCAUAGUAAACACGGACGUAACUUCACCAGGAGAGGCAAACACGGCAGCGGCUCCAGCUCGUGCUCAGUUGGGCUCCGGUAACGGACAGUAUAACGGGUCGUAGUCUCCGCAGCGUACCGUGUGUCUCCCGGUGUGUUUGUGUCGGUGUGUCCGGUGACUGAGGACAUGAUGGAGAAACUGUUAACGGUAACCGUGCUGACGGCUGUGGCUUUAAGUCAGGUCACCUGCAGCCCCGCCACACUGAAGAGGGUCACCAAGGCUCAGAUUUUGGGUUUUGACUGGAAGAACUGUGGGAAGCCAGAUGCUCCGGCGGUCCUGAAGACUCUGAGCGUGUCUCCAGAUCCCAUCUCCAUCCCAGGAGACCUGACCGCCUCCGCCUCUGGAUCCACAUCUGUAGAGCUCAAUGCUCCGCUGGCUGUGAAUGUGACCCUGGAGAAGGAGGUGGCGGGUUUCUGGGUGACCGUCCCCUGCCUGGAGGAGCUGGGCAGUUGUCACUAUCCGGACGCUUGUGACAUCCUGAACCAGCUGAUCCCUCCUGGUCAGGACUGUCCUGAGCCGCUGCACACCUACGGCCUGCCCUGCCACUGCCCCUUCAAAGCUGGCUCAUACUCUCUGCCUCAGUCAGACUUCUACCUGCCCUACAUGGAUCUUCCCUCCUGGCUGACCAACGGGAACUACCGUGUGCAGGGCAUCCUGGGUAGCCAGGGCAAAGAGCUGGGCUGCCUCAAAGUGGCUCUGUCCCUUCACUCCAACUAAACCAACGCUGCCGCUGCCGCCGCUGCCGCUGCCGCUGCUGCCGCUGCUGCCGCUGCUGCCGCUGCUGCCGCUGGGAGGUUUCAGGUUGUCGUUUAUUUGCACAUAAACCAGUCAAAAAAUUGGGAAACAAAAGCAGAAGUUGCACAAAGUGUGAAACUGAGAAACUUCACAGGGUUUAUUCAAGUUUUUUUUAUGUUCGACGACGGUGAGAAAAAAAGACGAUAAGCUAAUUUCACAUUUUUGACGCACAGUUCUUUGGGAGAAAGACGAGACAGAUAUUUUUGGGAAAAGAAAUCUAACAAAUCGUCUGACAACUGCAGAUAAAACUAAUAACACGAACAAUGUUCACAGAGUCCUUUAACCAUCAAACAUGGUGCAAUACAGUGAUUUUUUACUGGUGUACACAGAAACAAUAUUCACCUCUGUCUCUGUUCACACAGACUUCAGCUUCACUGGAAAUUAACAGCUACUUUGCAUGAAAGCGACGCUUUAACAUCAUCACAUGCAAACACUGAGAACCACAGGGAAUAUAUCACAAAUACUUUUACUUUGGGAGGUUUGGUGUUCGGUUCUUCCACUGUUUAUGGGUGUAUUUACUGUUAUAGAAGGUGAAACAUGUUCGAUGUAUUUCAAUCAGAAACAUUGAUCCUUUUUAAAAAUCUAUAAGUAGACUUUUAUUUCAACUUAUAGUCAGAUAUAAAUUAAGUUUAUGUCCAGAACAUCAUCCAGGACACUUCACAGUUUCAGCCUCUGAUGGCUUUGAGACCUUUAAUAAAGUUGUUCACUGACUCAAAGUCAAAAACAAUCGCAUAAACAUUCUGCCUUUAUUGUGUGACAGCGUGACGUCACAGUGCGACCAAGAGAUGCCAAAAGAUAUCUUAAAUUAUCCCAUCACAUGAACCCUGUUGUGCCUCGCUGCUGAAACGUUGCUUCAUUUCUGUUCAUCCACAGAGAAAAAGAAUCAGAAUUAUUCAGUGUUUCAGAUUAUUGGAGACAAUUAGCCGAUAAUCACAUCAGAUCAAUGGCUGAAUCCAAAUGUCCGCACUUCACUGCACUUGCAGACUUUGCGGGCGGGUUCUCUGGAAGUCUGGGAGUGCUGAGGGCUCUGAAUCCACAAUUCAUCCAGUCCACGAGGGGGCUGAAGAUAUUGACUGAAUCAUUUACCCACAGUUCAUUGCAAUACGGACAUGACGUUGAGUUUUUUUUUUCAAUUGACUGACUAAAAACCAAGACAAACAUAUCAUGAUCGUAAAACAAUUAUUGGAUUAAAAUGUUACUUGAAUCACGUAGGUCAGAAAUAAUAUUAAACCACAAUAUGAUACAGAAAUAUGUAGAAGCAGGGACCAUAGAGGGAUUAAAAUGCUUUUCAUUAUAGCAGCCUAACCUUAUAAUAGCUGUGCAGUGUAGUGCCAAAUAUAUAGGCUCGGAAAAUUAGCCAGAAAUAAACAAAGGUCCAAUGUAACUUACACCCGGUGUAAUCAGUCAUCGUGCAGCCCUAUUUACUAACAUGUCCGUGUUGUACAGCGAGUCUCUGUUGUCGCAGACUUUACAUGAUGACAGUGAACACAUCACAGUACAAACACCUGAAGUCCAGAGGGCAGACGUUUAGAUUCAGUCUGAUCUGGCAUCACACGUGUCAAAGACUUUUGUGUCAAAGACUUUUUGUAAUGGAUAAAUCCAUGUAGCAUCAGCUCUGUUAAAAUAAUAACAUCCUUCAUACAUGCUCAUGUGCUCAUGUGCUCUUUCCUCUGUGUGUGAUUUUGCUUUUUUAAAGUUGUUUUCAUUUCAGUUAAUAAUUGUUUCUUUUUUUACUUCUUUAAUGGGAUGUUUUAAAAAAAAAGGGGUCAGUGAAUCACUGCUGGGAAUAAAAACGGCGUAUUCAUGUAGUUUAACUGAUCGUAGCCAAUAUAUGACAUAUUUUUUAUUGAUCUCUGUGUUUUUACCGAGUGCCUGAUCAGAUCUUUACGAGGAGUUAGUGAAUCGAUGCUGUAGAAAUGAACAAGAGAGGAAAAGAAAUCAGGGCCCUUAUUCACAAAGAAUCCUAAGACUAAAAGUAGUGACGUCAUUCUAAGAAAAAUCUUAGAAUCCCUCGAAUUCUAAGAUUUUUCUUAGAAUUUUCCCUUGGUAAGAUAAAAGUUAUUCACAAAGCAUCUUAGGCCUUAAGAGAGCUCCUAAGGUGAAAAACUGUUAAGAGGAGGGAGGAGGACUUUUAAGAAGCCUAAGAGUGUCUUAAACAGAGAAGAUGGCUGAAAGACAGAGAGGAAGGAGAGAUAUUCUCCGUAUAUUGAACGACAGUGAUUUAAUAAGACGCUACCGGCUUGAUCGUGCAGGGAUAAUGUUUGUGGUUGACCUCAUCAGGGAUGAGCUUACUUUUCCCACCCAGCGUAGUAACGCAAUAACGCCCGCUUUGGAUUGCAGCACGUACCAGCGCUUCUCACACUCAUCGCUUGUGCGUAAAAGGAGAGGGAACGACGCAUUGAUUUGUCGGGCAAUGCGCUCCCAAGUCUACCUCUUCCCUUGUGCCGUGAUCCCGGGACCGAAUUUCCCUCUUAAAACUCCUUUGUUCUCCUCCACGAGCUGUGCCAACAGCAGGCACUGCUCUUCUGUCCAGUUCGGCUUUCUCGUUCUUUUUUUCUCCAUUUCAUUCGUUGUUUUGGUCAUUCUGCCAAAUCAAACCGCUUUUUACAAGGAGGCCAGCAAUCACAGUAAUUGCUGACAGCUGAGUCUGCGUCCACCAUUAAUAUCAAAUAGAUUAAGUAAUAAAAUUACCAGCAUGGCGAGUAAACAUAACAAUAAGCAAAUCAAUAUAAUAAUCGGCAUGUGAAUGAGGUACGUUCAAACAUUUUGAAGCUGUGUAACAAUUAAUUUAAUUUUGCUGAGUUUCAUCAUCAUCAUAAAAUUAUUUUCACGAUUACACAUUUCUUAAUACAGUCUAAGUUCUAUGAUCGGUUCAUUUCACUGUCCAUUCAUUACUAGGAGCGCUUUUUUUUUUCUUUUUGUAACAACCAAUCACAGCUUUUAGCGUCAUACUUAGCAACGGGGUCAACCACACCUCCUCACUAAGAUAAAAGUUUCUGUCCCCUCCUUGCUCAGAGUUGCUCUCAGAAACUUCCUGAAUCACUCUUAAGCUAAGAUUCCUUGCUAGGAAUUUUUAGGCUAAGUUAGGAGCUCUCUGAGAGGACUCUGAGAAUCUUUGUGAAUACGGGCCCAGGUCGUUAUGAUUUUAAUUUGUUCUAAAUGUUCAGUGUUGAUAACGACGACGACGACAAAUUAUGUUUGUACAGUUUUUAAUAAACAGUAUCUUAUAGACGA